GGUGGUGUACGUACGUAGGAUCUCACUGUGGAGCAGUAGCAUUUUCUUUAUUAAUAAUCAUCUCUCUGCGUCUCCUAUAGUAUCUCUCUCUCUCUCUCAAAUCAAACGCGGAGAGAUUGUGGAAAAGAGAAUCAGAGAGGCGAAGAGGAAGAGAUAGUAAUGGAGGUGUUUUACUAUUUGGUUUUUGGAGCACUGGGUGCAAUGGUGGCAGCACUAGAGCUGAGCAAGACAACUAAAGACCGAAUCAACACUUCACCUGCUUUCAAUUCCUUCAAGAACAAUUACCUUCUCGUUUACUCUCUCAUGAUGGCUGGGGACUGGUUGCAGGGUCCAUAUGUGUACUUCCUCUACAGCCAGUAUGGUUUUGGGAAAGGAGAGAUCGGACAGCUUUUUAUUGCUGGUUUUGGGUCCUCCAUGUUGUUUGGUACAAUUGUUGGAUCUUUAGCUGACAAACAGGGUCGAAAGAGGGCAUGCAUUACUUAUUGCAUAACCUAUAUAUUGAGCUGUAUUACCAAGCAUUCCCCUCAAUACAAAGUUUUGAUGAUAGGCCGUGUUUUGGGAGGCAUUGCCACUUCUCUCCUAUUUUCAGCAUUUGAGUCAUGGCUGGUUGCAGAGCACAAUAAGAGGGGCUUUGAUCAACAAUGGCUGUCUCUAACUUUCUCGAAGGCAAUAUUUCUAGGCAAUGGUCUUGUCGCUAUUCUGUCUGGACUGUUUGGGAACCUUCUUGUAGAUUCAUUUGCUCUUGGGCCUGUGGCCCCCUUUGAUGCUGCUGCAUGCUUUCUUGCAAUUGGAAUGGCCAUUAUUUUAUCAUCAUGGACAGAGAAUUAUGGAGACCCUUCAGAAAGCAAGGACUUGCUUAGCCAAUUCAGGGGUGCUGCUGUUGCCAUUGCUUCUGAUGAGAAAAUUGCUUUGCUGGGUGCCAUUCAGUCGUUGUUUGAAGGUUCUAUGUAUACCUUUGUUUUCCUUUGGACACCUGCUUUGAGCCCAAAUGAUGAGGAUAUUCCUCAUGGUUUUAUUUUUGCGACAUUCAUGUUUGCAUCAAUGUUGGGUAGCUCCCUUGCAUCUCGGUUGAUGGCUCAUUCAUCCCCCAGGGUAGAAAGCUACAUGCAGAUUGUCUUUGUUGUCUCCUCUAUCUCUCUUAUGCUUCCCAUUGCAACCAAUUUCUUAGUGGCACCUUCUAAAGUGAAAGGUGGAGGCAUCUCAUUUUCAGGUUGUAUCCAGCUUCUUGGCUUCUGUACCUUUGAGGCUUGUGUCGGGAUAUUCUGGCCAUCCAUAAUGAAGAUGAGAUCCCAGUACAUUCCAGAGGAGGCUAGAAGCACCAUUAUGAACUUCUUCCGCAUUCCUCUCAAUAUCUUUGUCUGCAUCAUUUUGUACAAUGUCAAUGCAUUCCCUAUCACUGUUAUGUUCGGCAUGUGUUCGAUUUUCCUGUUUGUGGCAUCUAUCUUGCAAAGACGGCUUAUGGUGAUUGCAGAUAAGCCAAAGACAGAAGAUUGGACAGCAGUUAAGGAUAGAGACACUGAGGCAGAUCCACUGAACAUCUGAUUGAUGUGAGCUGGUAAACAUGGUUUUUGGGAACAACCUCAUUCAUUCUAUACAUCUGUUCACUUUUGUUUGAAUUUGCAUUUGAUUUAUCUAAGUUACUAAAAAAAAGAAAAGGAAAGAAAAAAAAAAAAAAGAAGUGGUCUUCCCUGCAAAGCAAGAAGAGAUAAGGAGAGGUCACUUAAGCUACUAUAGUUAUUCUUUUUUUUCUUUUCCUUGGCUGUGUUUAGGUUGACAGAUUAGUUUAUGAAUGAAUCAUUUGUCAUUUCCUCCCAAUUAUUGUAGGAAAUAUCCAGAGCGUAAUUCAUGUUAUUCUUUUCUAAACUGGUCUGUAGAAUCUCAAAAAUUUGUCUUAUUUCCUCUGUUAGCUUA